GAAAGAGAGUGAGAAGAAGAUGGGAAAGAUGACAUCCACUUUGCUAGCGGCGAUCUUUUUGUGGUCCCUCGUGACCAUUAAUGGCGAGGGGUUUCCAAAGUUUGGUCGGCUGGUGCCCAUGGAGAGCAGGAGGACUUUGGUGACAACUGAUUCUGGGCUGAUCACGGCCGCUGAUGUGCAUGAUGGGUACAGGGGGCUUUACCACCUUCAGUUCAUCACCAUGGAGCCCAGCUCGCUCUUCCUCCCUGUGCUUCUCCACACUGAUAUGUUGUUUUACGUGCAAACAGGGAGUGGAACGGUGAGUUACACAACUGAGGAUGGCACCACCCGUGUCGAUGUGGAGCGUGGUGAUAUCUAUAGACUCGAAGAGGGCACCGUUUUCUAUGUGAGGAGCCACCCCAGUCCGAUGAGAGAGAAGCUAAGAAUUAAUGCCAUCUUUGACACCAAUAAUAUGGAAAACCCCUCGGAAUCCUUUGUUGGGGCUUACUCAAAUAUUAGUGACUUGGUUCGAGGCUUUGAUGAGAAAGUUCUCGAGAUGGGUUUUGGGGUUUCCAAGGAAAUCAUUCGCAGCAUCGAAGGGGUUAAGCCUCCAUCAAUUAUACCAUUCACACCUAAGAAGAAUGAGAGUAAAAAGCAUAACUGGAAAGAAGGAAUAUUCGAAGCUCUUCUAGGAAGUCCAACUGACAUCAUAAAUAAGAAGAAGAAGAAGACAAAAACUAAGACCUUUAACAUUUACAGCACCUCGCCUGAUGUGGAGAACUGCAAUGGAUGGAGCAUUGCGGUGACUAAAAAAGAAUUUCGAUCUCUCAAGGGCUCACACUUUGGGGUGUUCAUGGUGAACUUGACCGAGGGUUCUAUGAUGGGGCCUCACUGGAAUCCCACGGCAACGGAGAUCGCUGUAGUGAUCGAAGGGCAAGGUAUGGUGCAAGUUGUUUGCCCCAGCAAACCUUCAGGUGAGGGCGGGGAUACAUUCAGAUGCCAAAACACACAGUUUAGAGUUAAAGAAGGGGAUCUCUUUGUUGUGCCGAGGUAUCAUCCAAUGGUGCAAAUAUCAUUCAACAAUAAUUCGUUCGUCUUUGUGGGGUUCAGCACCAUGGUUAAAAAGAACUAUCCUCAGUUCUUGGUGGGAGAGAGGUCAGUGCUUCAAACAAUUGAGAGGGGGAUCUUGGAAGUGUCCUUUAAUUCUUCAAAUACGACGAUUGAGACUUUGUUAACAUCUCAACGCGAGUCAAUAAUGCUUUCUUGUACUUCAUGUGCUGAGGAACUAGAGAGAAAAGUGGAGGAAGAGGUUGAGAGGCAAAAGAAAGAAGAAGAAGAAGCUAGGAAGAGGGAAGAGGAGGAAGCUAGGAAGAGAGAGGAAGAAGAGGAGGCUAGAAGGGAGGAGGAGGAAGCUAGAAGGAGGGAGGAAGAAGAGGAGGCUAGAAGGGAGGAGGAGGAAGCUAGAAGGAGGGAGGAAGAAGAGGCCAAGAAGAGGGAAGAGGAGGAAGCUAGGAGGAGGGAGGAAGAGGAGGCCAAGAAGAGGGAAGAGGAGGAAGCUAGGAGGAGGGAGGAAGAGGAGGCCAAGAAGAGGGAAGAGGAGGAAGCUAGGAGGAGAGAGGAAGAGGAGGCUAGAAGGGAGGAGGAGGAAGCUAGGAGGAGAGAGGAAGAGGAGGCCAAAAAGAGGGAAGAGGAGGAAGCUAGGAGGAGGGAGGAAGAAGAGGCCAAGAAGAAGGAAGAGGAGGAAGCUAGGAGGAGGGAGGAAGAGGAGGCCAAGAAGAAGGAAGAGGAAGCUACAAGGGAGGAGGAGGAAACUGAAAGGAGAGAGGAAGAAGAGGCUAGGGAGAGAGAAGAGAAGGAAGCUAAAAGGAUAGAGGAAGAGGAGGCUAAAAGAAGAGAAGAGGCAAGGAUGAGAGAAGAGGAGGAAGCUAAAAAGAGGGAGGAAGAGGCUAGAAGAAGAGAAGAAGAGGAGACCAAGAAGAGGGAAGAGGAGGAAGCUAAAAGAAGAGAGGAAGAGGAAGCGCCUACGACGAGAGAGAAAGAACAGACCACGGAGGAAAAACAAGAAGCAGCAAGGAAGGAGGGAGGAGGAAGAGGUUGGAAAAAGGGAGGAGGAAGAGGAGGCGAGGAAGAGAGAAGAGUUAACAAGAAGCAGAAGGGAGAGGAAGAGCCAACUGAAAGGGAAAGGGAGGAAGAACAAGCUACUAGGAGAUUAGAAAGACAGAGGGAAGAAAUACAUGAAAGAGAAAGAGGAUAAAAGACAAGAAAAAUGGAGGCUAAGAGCAGUGGAGGAACAGAGAGGAGAAGGAAGAGUUCUUUGGAAAAAAAUAGGGAAGGUUUAGCGUGCAAGUUUAUUCUCGUAGGAGGAAUAACGGCAAUUAGUACUAUAUUGCUUUUUGUGUAGCUUGUGAAGACUUGUGUUACUCUGUUGUACUUUAUAUAGCUUUGUCCCUUUAUUUUUUACAUUGUUUCUUCUUUAUAUAUCUUUUAUUUCAUAUUGUUUUUUUUUUCCAAUCAGAUGUUUUUGAAACAAUUAUUACAACAUAUUUCUCAUAUCUAACAAGGCUAUAUGCAAAACAAUAGCCUUUCUACAAAGGCCUAAAACUGGCUCCACCAAGUAUGCCGAAUACUUUCCCAUUGCGAAAUUAAAGCUAAAAUUCAGUGAACUCUCUACUUCCAGAAGACCCACAACGAGAUAAUUUAAACCAAUGGCGAGCUUAUCUUCCUACAUAAUUUAAUAGGUUAAGAGAGUUGACAUUGGACAGGAAUAAGUCAUCCAUGUUUUCUCUGGUUUUCAUCUUAGAUCAUGGCGUUCGAAACAACAAAAGAUAAUCCAAUAAUCAUGAGAAAAUCAGCCGCAAAAAAUACUUUUUAUCCACGUCCCUGUUGCUGUUGUUGCGACUGCUGCCGGUUUCCUUCUUAUCCGAAGGAAUGAACUCGAAGGACAAGCUCAAAGUGCCAAUGCAGUAACAUAAUCAUGGUGGGAAAACUAGCACUUGCUAUUCUUAUGAUUUCAAUAUUUGAAUAAAGUUUUGGAGGAAACUAAUUUUACUGAGAAGCUAAUAAUACUACAGAUUAGGUAGCAAUAAUAUAUGUGGACCGGUGACAGAUGUUUUCUCUCAAUUUUUGGCUUUUUGUUUUUCGUCACACUGAUAUAUUUACAGUGGUCCGAUAUAAUAUAUCCGAUUUACCAAAUAGAAAAAAAAGGAAACUAAUUAAAUCACAGUCCUAAUAAUUAACCAUAUAUGCCUGAUUGUUCUGCAAUGAUGCCAUCUGUAACCGGCCAACAACAAUUUACUUACCAAUGAGAUCAGACGCCCAGUUGCAAGCUUACACAACAUUGGGAUCUAAGAGAGUGAGAUGAAUUACCAGUAGCAGAAUUGCAGCUAUUAGUUAAUGGAGAGUAGAGCAACAGCAUACUACUUAAACCUACAAAAAAAAAAAAAAAAAA